UCACUGCUGUCUCCACAGGAGCCUGUGCUUGGCUUGUUGCUGUUGCUACUGACGCUGGCGCAUGCCUCUCCGGACCCGCCAGAGCCCUGCGUGCUGGAUGAGGAGAGUGUCCAAUGCUCCUGCAACUUCUCAGAUCCGGAGCCGGAUUGGUCCUACGCUUUCCUGUGUACCGGGGCGCAGGACGUGGAAUUCUACGGUGGCGGCCGCAGCCUGGAGCACUUUCUAAAGCGUGUGAACACCGAAGCAGACCCGGGGCAGUUUGCAGAUGUGGUCAGGUCCCUGCCCUGGCAGCGGCUUACUGUGGGGGAUGCGCGGGUUCCUGCUCAGAUGCUAUUCGGAGUCCUGCGUAUGCUCGGGUAUUCCCGCCUCAAGGAACUAACUCUUGAAAACCUGGAGGUAACCGGCACCACGCGGCCGCUUCUGGAAGCCACCGGACCCGAUCUCAACACCUUGAGCCUCAGCAACGUGUCGUGGGCGACAGGGGAUGCCUGGCUCGCAGAACUGCAGCAGUGGCUAAAGCCUGGACUCAAGGUAUUGAAGAUUGCUCAGACACACUCACUAAACUUUUCCUGCGAACAGAUCCAAGUCUUCCCCGCCCUAGUCACUUUAGAUCUGUCUGACAAUCCCGAAUUGGGCGAGAGAGGACUCAUCUCGGCUCUAUGUCCAAGCAAGUUUCCGGCCCUCCAAGUUUUAGUACUGCGCAAUGCAGGGGUGGAGACGCCCAGCGGUGUGUGCUCUGCACUGGCCGUGGCAGGUGUGCAGCUGGAAGGACUGGACCUUAGUCACAAUUUACUGCGGGAUACUGCAGGUGCUCCGGGGUGUGACUGGCCUAGCAAGCUAAACUCGCUCAAUUUGUCUUUCACUGAACUGGAGCACGUACCUAAGGGACUUCCAGCCAAGCUCAGCGUACUUGAUCUCAGUUACAACCGGCUGGAUAGGAAACCUAGGCCAGAUGAGCUGCCCAAGGUGGAUAAACUGUUACUUAAAGGAAACCCCUUUUCAAACCCUGAACCCCAUUCCGGGGAGUAUGACUCUGGUGUAGUGACGGCCCCAGUGCAUUUAUCUCUGGCAGUGAGUGUGUCAGGAACACUGGCUGUGCUCCAAGGAACCGGCCUUUUUGCCUAAUGCCAAAUGGAGAAAAAGCAACAUUUACCUUGUCCUGGUUAGUGAGGUUCCUGGUCAGGAUGAUCAGAACUUCUUGAUCAACAAAUCCUCUGCCUUACAGUUAUUAAAAUCUUAAACCACGAGGUACGGGAAGAAAGGCAGUGUACAUGAAUGAUUUUGAUCCUCAAGAUCCACACAGAGGAAAAGAACUCAUUCCUGAAAGUUGUCCAUCUGACCUCUACAUACGUGCUAUAACACUGUGUGUGUGUGUGUGUGUGUGUGUGUGUGUGUGU